AUUAGACUACAAGUCUUCUGGUGACAGUUCUGAGCGCCGUGGUUGGAAUUCGAUAGCUUCCGGAUUCGACUCCAGAGUCACUUUGUCGUGCAUCGUGCACCAUUCAUCCACUGUCAGAUCUCUUCCGCUAUGAACAUAAUGUCCGCCGCUCUCGGCCAUUACGGGCAGAUGGAGAGGGAAAAUCUUCAAAAUAGUCACCCUGCGCAUGAUUAUAGACGUGGUAAAUGUAGAUGCAAUAGAGUCGGUGUCGGCAGAAGCUGGUGUGCUCGUGGUAUUCAUCUCUAUAAGUAAGGAUCUCAAAACACCUUCAUCGACGUUUCUCUCUCAUGGCAACGGUCCAUCUAUCACCCGGAGUUUUCCUCUGUCUCCGUUCCUCCCCGCUCUUUAUUGUCUUAUUUUCUGUCUUCUGGAUCCUUCGCCGUGUUCUCGGGCAGAGGAUUGACUCAGUGUCUUCGUCGUGGCCUAUCCUUGUAGCACCUUGGGUCGGGUUGUUGAUCGUUUCCCUUGGUCGCAAUUACUUCAUAAGCAGGGCUGUGACCAGGCAUGUCGCUGAAAGGGGUGCCAUCAUCCCGCCCAGUAUACAGGAGAACAGGAUCUCUGUCUCGCGGCGCCUAGUGCACGGUUUUGAAAUAGGGUGUCCUCUUGAUAUUAUCCAUGCGUGGAGCGAAGAGUACGGGUAUACCUACUCAUAUACCUCUAUCUUGGACAAAUCAGUCGUUACAAUGGAGCCAGAGCACCUCAAGGCGAUCCUGUCGACUCAACACCACGACUUUCCCAAAGGAGAUGAUUUCUUUUCUAUGACAGAAUCUUUAUUGGGUACCGGCAUCUUCAAUUCAGAUGGUGAUAUCUGGAAAUCUCGUCGUGCGAUGUUGCGGCCACUCUUCAACAAAGAACGUAUCUCUGACCUGGAUAUCUUUGAGAGGCAUACUAGUAGCGCCCUCACGCAAAUUGAAAAAAGACUGAGAGAGGGAUAUCCCGUAGAUGUACAGGAUGCUGCGGCUCGUUUCACGAUAGAUACAGCUACUGAGCAUCUAUGUGGAAAGGAUGUUGGUUCGACAUCCGCGCAGUUUCCUUACCCGCCCGGAUCUCAGCAGAAGAUUUCUCUCCCGCUCGACAAUCAUCCGUCAGAUAGCUUUCUCAGAGCAUCUUCAGAAGCACAGAGACAACUUCUCCUUCGCGUCUUGAUGGGACCCUACUGGCCGCUUCGUGAAUUCUUUACAGACAAGUUAAAACCCCUACGCAAAGUGAUCAAUGAGUUUUUUGAACCUUUGCUUGUGGACACGCUCGAGCGAAAGAGUAGGGGGACAAAUGCGCCUAACGUGGAGAAAGAUGAAAAGGAGUUUGUGUCCCUGCUUGACCGGCUUGUACAGAGUACCAACGACAAGAAAUCCAUCCAAGAUGGCUUGGUGGAUAUUCUGAUUGCCGGAAGAGACACUACCGCUUCGCUCAUCACGUUCGCAGUAUAUAUGAUGUGCGAACAUCCGGAAAUGGUUUCUCGCCUGCGUUCUGAGGUUAUCGCGAAAGUGGGUGCUAGAAAGCCUACCAGUGACGACAUUCGUGAUAUGAAGUAUCUACGCGCGUUUCUAAAUGAGACCUUACGACUGUAUCCGCCUGUUAUGUCAAACAUUCGCACAACGGAGGUCGCAACUACUCUUCCAAAUAAGGGAGGCGCGCCGUAUUACAUUCCAGAAGGUUCGAGGGUGAUGUUUAUUCACUUCCUUAUGCAUAGACGUACUGAUCUAUGGGGACCGGAUGCUCUCGAAUUUGAUCCCGAUCGUUUCCUCGACGAACGCCUGGGCAAGUAUUUGACUCCGAAUCCAUCCAUAUUCCUCCCUUUUAGCGUGGGACCAAGAAUAUGCAUGGGCCAGCAGUUCGCUUAUAACGAGGCGUCGUACUUCCUGAUUCGACUCCUGCAAAAAUACUUGUCUUUCAGUCUCGUCCUGGACGCUCAAGCAGCUAAGAAGAGUCCGCCAAAUAUUGGACCUGCGAAGACCGCUGCACCUAUGGGUGGGGAUAAGAUUGCAUUUACGCCUUUUACCGCAAUAUUGAGUGUAAAGGAUGGUCUUUGGGUGAGGAUGGAAGAAUCGAUCGAAUGAGAUGUGUUAAAUCGAUCUCAGCUGGUCUCUGAUAACAUUAUUGUCCCUUUCACCAGGCUUUAGUACCUUCU